CGACUGGUGACUCUAUAAUUGAGCGGCAUUUCUUACACUGUUGUAUUGAGUUGCGGAGGGUGAAGACACACCACUCUCAGCUCUCGUUUUCCGUGUGAUCUCUCGUUUCACUUCCUUUCUUCUUCUUCUUCUAAGCGAUUAACGAAGAGUUUGGAAUUUUAAUUGAAGUGUUUGAGCCAAAAUGUUCUACUCUCACCAGCUUCUUGCUCGGAAAGCUGCUCUUGGGCAGAUAUGGAUGGCAGCGACGAUGCAUGCGAAGAUGAACCGGAGAAAGCUUGACAAGCUCAACAUCAUUAAAAUCUGCGAAGAGAUUUUGAAUCCGUCGGUUCCGAUGGCUCUGAGGCUCUCGGGAAUUCUCAUGGGUGGAGUAGUGAUCAUCUACGAGCGAAAAUCCAAAUCACUGCAUCUGAUCGUCGUUUUUGCUACUCUGCUCUUGUUAUCAGAUGAUGUUACGCGCCUUAUGGUGGAACUGAACGAAGCUUGGAAAGUAAAAGCAGGAGCAGGUUCACAUUCCACAGACCUCCCAAAGCGAAAAUCUCAAGCCAAAUAUGAAGCCGUUACGCUGCCUGAUAAUGAAGAAGGAGACGCUCCAGAGAUUGAGCGGUUCCUCAACUUCUCCAACACAGCCACCACCGUCAUGGGGCUUCAACCACAAGGCGCCUACAUUUGCGUGUGUCUGGACAACGUGGAUGAAACCUACAUUACUGGGAACACAGGAGGAGAAGAUGUAUUGCAAGACAACCAUCAAGCUGACGCUGAUAAUAUCACUUUAUGGGAACCUUUUAAUUCGUAUCAGGCUGAUACUAAUCUCAAUAAUCGUGAUGAAAGGUUCGAGGAAGAUGGGGAGAUCCAGUUGAACUUCACUCCAGCAGAACAGAUCCCAAGUACUCUUAUACCAUCUCCAUCCCAUCAAAAUGAGCAUCAAAAAGGUGAUCCUGCUGAUGAAAUCCAAGACCUGCAUCCAGAAAACCAGGUUAAUCAGCAACCUGAUGAGCACAAGGAAGUUAAUCAGUCUGAGCAGGAUCAACCGAGACAAGGGAUAAUAAGAAAGAGAGGCAGAAGGCCAGCAGCCUUUGUCAUGGAUGAUGAACAAAUCAUCAUUCCUGGUAAUCUAUACCAGUCAUGGCUUCAGGAUCCUUCGAAUAUUGUCGCAAGAAGAGGAAAAAGGAGAAAGAACCUUAUGCCUAUAGUAAAGAUAGCCAACCUUAUGGAGCUGCCGCCUUCAACGCUUAUUGAUGGAAUAUUAACAAGUGGAACUGGAGAAAUCCAAUAUCCAGCACCUCUUCUAGAGCUAUGGAUGAGAAGUAUCCAACUCCCCCAUGAUUCACCUUCUGGAAGGAACACCCCGCCUCAGCCACCAGAACCCUCAUCAUCAUCACCAUCACACAGAGUUCAUCAUCAAGGCCCUGCAGGAUUUCCUUUUGAAGAUUUUCUUAGUGGAGUUGGUUCCCCAUCACUGGGAGUUUCCAUAGAGAAGCAAAGAGGCACGAAUCAUGACAACAAUGAAUCACAAUUUGAAAUCCUCAUGACCUCACUAAGAACUAAGCUUAUGAACGAUAAUGCAAGGACAACUGAGGCUGUCUUCACACCUGGGAAUUCUGGUGGAGCCACUGUAAAUGAAGUAAGAUCCUUCCCUGGCUCAGCAUCUGGACAUGGUUCCCCAUCUCAUACUUCGGAAGUAAAUUCAGGAAGUGCUUGUUACAGAAUCAACAAAAAAAGGCCUUAUUCUUGGUCUAGACACAGUGGGAGUAGCCUUGAACCAGUGGAUGAGGAGCAUCCAUUUAACCAUACUGAUCCAAAUUUCAAGUUGUCAAAACUAUCUGAGCAUGAACUGUUGGUGGAAACGGGGCCAACACAGACUCAAAAUCCAAUCAUCCCUCCCCCAAUUGAAAAGAUCACGGAUUCAAUCCGAAUGCAUCUGAAGACACAUUUUGACACACCCGGAGCGCCCCAAAGAGAAUCCCUGGACCAGCUUGCUUCCGGAAUGGACAGACCAAGAGCUGCUCAACUCUUCUAUCAGACUUGUGUUCUUGCUACUCGUGGUUUCAUAAAAGUUGAACAAAACGAGCCUUACGGGGACAUUCUCAUCUCAAGAGGAGCAAAGAUGUAAUCAAGGUGAGCAUGAGAACCUCAACUUCAUAGUUUUCUUUUAAGUGCCUCUCCUUUUUGCACCAGAGACGAAAGUUUUUGGCCCAGAUAGCAUUAGCUUAGGACAUUAGUAGAAAAACAAAAAAGAAUGAGGAGGCUGCUCCUCUCUUCUUAGGGUAUGAAAAUUAUUCAAGAUUAUUAGAGUUCCCACUUUUUUUUUUUUAAUGUAAUUAGGACUAUAAUAUUAGGGUCAGAUAUUUGUGUUCUCUCCAUCAUUUUGAAUACCAAGGGCUACUGGCUAAUGAGAAAUUUGGAACUCAA